UAUAUCAACCCCCAGCCAUGCCCCGCGCUGCUCGUUAGACCGCCCCCUUCCCUCCCUCCCUGAGUCCCUCCUUCGCUCACGACUCCCUGGACACCAACUCACAGUCCACACAAUCACCGCCAGCCUUGUCACUUUCCGAAAAUGGCUAUCAUGACCAUGUCCGCAGGCCCGUCUACGCUCAACCCUGCCUCCGCGAGGUCAUACGCGUCUUCGCCGCUCGUUCCGAACGCAUCCUCUCGGCCAGCGCGGGCACCGUCAUUCCCCGUAUCGCGGCCGCUCCGGCCAUUCCCCUCUAUCGCCAACGCACUGUCCUCCGGCCUGCCGCAGCGAUCAGGGACCUCCGGAGGGAAGAGACCAAUUAAAAUCAUCGAGCCGCCUGCGAACACCAAGUGUGCGUUCGUUCUGAACCUCACACAAGCAGAGUUCAGCCGGCAGGAUUGAGUGCGUUGCGGAGGCUCGUCGUGCACCUUGUGUUUCCCGUCUGCUAGACUGACGGCAGUGACGUAGAUGCCUAUACCCGGGCCCGUCCUAUUUAUGUGACGCCAUUGACGUCCUUCGCUUUGCCAUGAACCCGUUGUACCUAUAGACACGACCUGCCUGCGCGUUACUUGAUGGAGCUUCUACAUGUGUGGAGUGGGUGUUCUUCGUGAGCUCCCUACUCCUCCCCUUCCAUUUCACUUCUCGUGUGGUUCCCAUGUUCAGACCGCAUUCUCUGGGAGUUGAGGUUCCUCUGGGUUUAUUGAUGUUUGUUGUAGAAUGGUACAUACCGCGCAUGACAGGCACAUAGUAGUAUACAAUGCAAGCAAAGUGCAGCAAUCAUAACUGCCACUUUAAACCUUC